UGAAUUCUUCUGAACUUUUGAACCUCAACACCUAAAGAAGUCGACCACCGCCAACAUGUCGCACCGUAAAUUCGAAGCUCCCCGUCACGGAUCCCUUGCUUAUCUCCCAAGAAAGAGAGCAAGCCGUCACCGCGGAAAGGUCAAGAGUUUCCCCAAGGAUGAUAAGACCAAGCCAGUCCACCUUACUGCCACUCUUGGUUAUAAGGCUGGUAUGACUACCAUUGUCCGCGACCUCGACCGUCCUGGUGCGAAGACACACAAGAAGGAGGUCGUUGAGGCAGUGACUGUCAUUGAGACACCACCGGUUAUCGUUGUUGGUCUAGUGGGUUACAUUGAGACUCCUCGUGGUCUCAGAUCCCUUACAACCGUCUGGGCCGAACAUUUGAGCGACGAAGUUAAGCGCAGAUUCUACAAGAACUGGUACAAGAGCAAGAAGAAGGCUUUCACCAAGUACGCCAAGAAGCACUCCGAGAACAGCGGAUCUUCCAUCACCCGUGAACUCGAGCGUAUCAAGAAGUACUGCACCGUCGUCCGUGUCCUCGCCCACACUCAAAUCAGAAAGACUCCUCUCAAGCAAAAGAAGGCUCAUUUGAUGGAGAUUCAAGUUAACGGAGGUAGCGUCGCUGAGAAGGUUGACUUCGCCAGCGGUCUCUUCGAGAAGCCAGUUGAGAUCAGCUCCAUCUUCGAGCAAGAUGAGAUGAUUGAUGUCAUCGCUGUCACCAAGGGUCACGGUUUCUCUGGUGUCACCAGCAGAUGGGGAACCAAGAAGCUUCCCAGAAAGACACACAAGGGUCUCCGUAAGGUCGCCUGUAUCGGUGCCUGGCAUCCAGCCCACGUCCAAUGGACUGUUGCCCGUGCUGGUCAAGAUGGAUACCAUCAUCGUACCUCUUGCAACCACAAGGUCUACCGUAUCGGACGUGGUGACGACCCCAACAACGCCGCCACCGAGUUCGAUGUCUCCAAGAAGGCCAUUACCCCUAUGGGUGGCUUUGUCAGAUAUGGUGAGGUCAAGAACGACUUCAUCAUGCUCAAGGGUUCCGUUCCAGGUGUUAAGAAGCGUGUCAUGACUCUCAGAAAAUCCAUGUUCGUUCACACCUCAAGAAAGGCCUUGGAGAAGGUUGAGUUGAAAUGGAUCGAUACAUCCUCCAAGUUCGGUCACGGUGCUUACCAAACCGCCGAGGAGAAGCACCAAUUCUUGGGUACCCUCAAGAAGGACAUUGCUCAAUCCUCAUAAAUUUAAAAAUUGGUUUCGCAUUUCGGGUUUCUUACGUUUCGAUAGGUGUAGUCGGUGGGGGUAUCAUAUGUGCAAUAAAGCAGUCCAUGAUUACCUAUGGAUAUACUAGCAUUCCAUCAAUGAAGAAAUGUCAAUGAUAUCCAAUAAUUUCAAUAAUGAUUCAACUUAUGAUGAUGUUUUGGCGGGCCCAGCCAAUUGUGAGAACUGAGAACUUUGAUCC